AUGGCUCCUUCCAUGAUCGACACGCCUCCUCAGAGCGCGGACAGCGCGGCGCAAUUGCUGCAAGAUCUUGAGGACAGCAAGACCCUGCCCCUUUGGACCCAGAUGACGAGACUCAACCCCCCGGGGCCGAACCCCACCGCCGUCCCCUUUGUGUGGAAGUAUGACAGCAUCCGCCCCAACCUGCUGCGUGCCGGUCACCUGGUCACCGAAAAGCAGGCGGAACGGAGAGUCCUGAUGCUUGUGAACCCGGCUCGAGAUGCCCCGUACACCACCGAUACCCUCUACGCUGGCCUGCAACUAGUCAUGCCGAAUGAGACCGCCCCAGCGCACCGACACACCGCGUUUGCAAUGCGCUAUAUCAUCGAGGGCCAUGGGGGCUUUACGGCGGUGCAUGGCAGACGCAUUCACAUGCAAAAGGGAGAUGUGAUCCUGACGCCUACUUGGAACUAUCAUGACCAUGGUAAGGAUGGCAGCGGCCCGAUGAUCUGGCUGGACGGCCUGGAUCUGCCCAACUUCCGACACUUCCCGGUCCAUUUUGUCGAGCACUUUAGCGAGCCUCGCUACCCGGCCGAGGAUGUCGACACGUCUGCCUCUUCCAUUGUCUUUCCCUGGGACCAGAUGAAGGCUCGGUUGGAUGAGACGGAGGGCAAUUGGGCUACACAGCGCUAUCUGAAAGCCGAUGGCCGAGAAGUUAGUCGUGUGCUGGGCGGCUGCGCAGAGAGGCUGAAUGCGAGCACGUCGUCCCCGCGCCGGCAAGACACCCUGUCCGCCGUUUAUCAUGUCAUCACCGGCAAGGGUCGCUCGGAAGUCGGAGGCCAAACGCUGGAAUGGAAGGCGGGAGACACCUUCUGUGUGCCCUCCUGGCAUGCCUACCAGCAUUUUGCUGAGGCGGGCGAGACGGUCUAUCUCUACCGCUUCGACGAUAAGCCGAUGAUCACGGCGCUGGGCUUCUAUCGGUCGGCAGAGGAUGAUACCGAGAAACUAAUCUCCGACUGA